AUGUCCCGCUCCCAGUCCAGCUCCAACGCCAUCAAGGGCCCCGGCGGAGCGGGCGCCAGCGCCGCCCCCGCGCUCGCGGCGCCCUUCGACGGCAGCAACAAGGCGCCCCCGGCCGCCACGCGACAGCCCUUCCCGUGCGCCGAGGACGAGGACUGCGGGCCCGACGAGUUCUGCGGCGGGGGGUCCCGCGGCGGCGCCCCCCCGCUCUGCCUCGCCUGCCGCCGCCGCCGCAAGCGCUGCCUGCGCGACGCCAUGUGCUGCCCGGGCACGGCCUGCAGCAACGGCAUCUGUGCCCCCCCUGAGCCGCAAACCGGAGUCACGGAGCUGGACGAGGCCGUCGCGGAGACGCUGCUGUCGCGGCGGACRCCGGCACCCGCCUGGCUCCCGGCUGCCAAAGGGGAGGAAGGGGACUUCUGCCUGCGCUCGUCGGACUGCGCGCCGGGGCUCUGCUGCGCCCGACACUUCUGGUCCAAGAUGUGCAAGCCGGUGCUGCGCGAGGGCCAGGUCUGCACGCGCCACCGGCGGAAAGGUGCCCACGGGCUGGAGCUCUUCCAGCGCUGCCCCUGCGCCCAGGGCCUGGCCUGCCGGGCGCAGCGCGGCGCCGACGCCGCCGGCGCCUCCCGGCUCCACACCUGCCAGCCCCACUGA